CUCCGACAUCUUCGUCGUUCUUCAUUCGGUGGAGUGUAGAACAUCAGAGAGCAUAGUUAUAAAUAAAUAGAGAAUAAGAAUAGCAUAGGACGAUGCCAUCGAUCUAUCAACUUAUUUUAAUAGACCUAAUCUUAAGCAGUUGACGAAAGUUUGAUAUCUGCUCUAAGAGAAAAGCAAUUGUGAUUUAAAUCUAUUCUUACACAUGUCCUAUCAUUUAACAUAUGUUCAAAAUGCUACCCUACGUUGUAGCUAAAUCUUAUGGUAUCGGAUAUGCAAAUAUAUGGUAUGGAACAUGAUGUAGAAAAUGUCGAAGAAUAUAUGGUAAUUUAAAAGUUCGGAUAUCACUCUGUUUGAGUAGAGGUUGGAAGAGUCUAAUUUUAGUGUACUAGCAAAUGAUAGAUGUGCUUGUAUCGAUUGAAGAACGCUCGGAGAAUCGUUCCAGGAUAUUUCGUAGAUAAUAUUUUUUUCUAUUACUUUCGAAGAGAGUUAGAUGCACUCUUGUGACAAACAACGUUCUCGAUCGUUAUUGAUUGUUAAAUAGAAAAAAAAAAGAAAAGAAAUAAAGAAGAACGAUUUUAAUUUUUAAAUAUUUUUUAAUUGUGAGCACGCGUUUGAUAUGAAAUAAAAUCGUACAAAAUAUUUCAUCGUACAUAUAGUAAGAUUGCAUCACGAAUCAAUAUGAAUAGACAAUUAUUUGUUGCCCACGAAUACAACAAUCUUAUAAAACCUGUAAUGAUAACAACAAAAAUAAUGUCUGUUUGGCCAUUGGAUAAAGAUUCUACUAGAACGGCUGUAAUACUGAAAAAUUUACAUACAGUCGCUAUGUUUUUAAUGAUUAUAUCGUUAUCCACCGCUACCACAAUAGAGGUAAUAAACAACAUCGAUAAUUUAAACGAGGCAACUGAAUGUGCUCUUCUUUGUACUGCUUUUUAUCUCUCUGGAAUUAGACUCACGAUUUAUUUCUUAUAUCGCAAAGACAUGUCCUAUAUCGUUGAGACUAUGAGAACGGAUUGGAUUUUAGCAAGCUAUGAAGAUAUUCUCAUCUUAAGGGACAAAUGUUUAUUUACAUUUCGUCUAUCCAAAUACUUCAUAUUCACCGUAGUUAGCACCAUUUUUCUAUUUAUAUGCGCUCCUCUCGUAGAGGGAUAUAUCCAUGAUACAACUAUGAGGGUAUUACCCUUUCGUGGAUAUUUCUUUGUAAAUCAUACGAUUUCUCCAUUCUUCGAAAUAAUCUAUACUUUCAACAUUGUAUCAGGCUGUUUCUCAGCCACUACUAUAGCUGGUGCAACGAGUUUCAAUCUUGUCGUUGUUAUGCACGGAUCAGCAAAAUUCGCAAUCGUACAGAGAAGAUUAAAAAAUAUAAAAGGCAACGAUCAAAGUACAUACGCUGAACUUUCAGCCUGUGUAAAAAAUCAUCAGGAUGCUAUCACGUUCGCUGAUACGCUGGAGAGAGUUAUAAAUAUCUUGGCCUUAGGGCAAUUCGUUAUUAGUACCGGUUUGGUGUGCUUUGCAGGAUUUCAAGUCACUGAGAUGAUUCAAGAUAGAGGACGAUUCAUGAAAUAUACGGCUUUUUUGAACUCUGCAAUUCUGGAGCUUUUUCUAUUUAGUUUUAGCGGAAACAAAUUGAUUGAUGAGGUAAGCGUAUUAUCCUCACAUUAUUUACUUAUUUAUCGAAUUAAUAAAUAUUAACAAUAACGAAUUAAUUAAUAACUAUUAAUUAAUAUUAUAACUAUUGUAUCAUAAAUAUAGAGCGAGGCUGUAGGCUUAGCUGCUUAUGAAAGCGAAUGGUAUAAUAACAAUUUUGGCUUAACUGUACGAACGAUCAUCAUGCGAUGCAAAGUACCAUGCAAAAUAACAGCUGCAAAAUUUUAUAGUAUGUCACUUG